GAAUCCUCGGAGAGAGGUCGCGCAUCGCGUGCUAUACCGCAACUCACAUGUGACGAGUAUUUUAAGGCAAUGUACAUCUAGUCAACACAUCUAGUCUACACCGUCGCGGAUAUGCCGAAACGGCCGACGGACUAUAUUAUUAACUCGUAUCACUAUAAAUAAUUCGGGAUCGUAAGGAAGGAAUCACCUCUGAAAGUGCACCGACUCGCGAAACUUUUUCCGCGAUCCGACAGUUCAUCCGCUUGAAAUAUAGCAACAUCCGGAAGUGAAUUUAUCGAUGGUGCUGUUAAAUAAAUCGGUGCUUCGCAAUUAAUCGUGGAUCCAACAUAAGUAAAUACUUCAAGUUUAAUAAUUAAAAUAAAUAAUGCAUACAUAUUGUUGCUGACGAAUAAUAUUGCGAAAGGUGAUCUAUGAUAGAUAGGCUUUUUUAAUGGCAAACCUCAUGGACCAACCGCGUGUCGGGCUUCUGUUUUGAUCGUGCAUUCGUGCCUCCGGCUGAUAUAUAUAUAUAUAUAUAUAUAAAAUAUAUACCGCGAGGGAGUGCAAAGGAGAGAGAUCGAUCGGAGGACGGUCGGAUUCCUUCCGGGAAAGGAGGCACUGAUAAGUUGUUAACAUUCCAUCCAGAGGUUUAAUAGAGCAUCCCCUGGUCCGGGAAUUACCGCAACAAUGGGUCGGAAAAAGAUACAAAUCUCGCGUAUCACAGACGAACGAAAUCGUCAGGUGACUUUCAAUAAAAGAAAAUUUGGAGUGAUGAAGAAGGCAUACGAAUUGUCCGUUUUAUGCGACUGUGAGAUUGCAUUGAUUAUCUUCAGUUCGAGUAAUAAGCUAUACCAGUAUGCAAGCACUGACAUGGACAAGGUUCUUCUCAAGUAUACCGAGUACAACGAACCCCACGAGUCACUUACCAACAAGAAUAUAAUCGAGGCGCUCAACAAGAAGGAGCAUAAGGGUGCUAUGUCUCCAGAGAGUCCGGAGCCCGAUACAAGCGAGUACAAUCUCACACCCCGAACGGAGGCCAAGUACACCAAGAUCGACGAAGAAUUUCAGAUGAUGAUGCAGAGAAAUCAACACAAUGGCACGAGGGGAAUGGGACAGUCCAAUUAUACACUACCCGUGACCGUACCUGUGAAUAGUUAUGGAGGAGAAUCUCUUCUGGGAUCUAGUCCGCAAAUGGCACAUACCAGCAUCUCUCCAAGGCCAUCGUCAUCUGAAACAGAUUCAGUAUACCCACCAGGAGGGAUGCUAGAAAUGAGCAAUGGAUAUCCACCCUCGGCGUCACCUCUCGGCGGAUCACCGAGUCCUGGACCGUCACCUGCUCUUGGUGGUGGUGGGAACAAACCUGGUAAUCAUCCAAGGCAUUCGCCACAGCCGCCACCACCACCUCAUCCUCACAGAGCCAAUUUGCGAGUAGUCAUACCCACGCCUCUUACACAACCUCUUUCAGAAGACACAAAUUAUGAUAGCGGGCACACGCAAUCCUCGUUAAAUACACCAGUAGUAGCAUUACAAACACCAUCUGUUCCUGCUGGUUACUCCAGUUUUGGACCAGCAGAUUAUUCCUCGGAUCUUGGCAAUCUAGCGUGGUCUCAUCAGAGGUACGUUGAUGACUUAUCAAUGUAUUCAGCAGUCACCAUGUCCAACAUCAGUCUUCCUCACUUAGCCGUAUCAAGCAGUACACCACCGCCACCCACUUCGCCUUUACCUGUAAAAAUCAAGAGUGAACCAAUAAGUCCGCCGAGAGAUCCCCACGGGGGCAACAACGGGCCCAGUGGACCCAGCAAUCCCAGCAAUCUUCACCACACGAGCCUGAGCAUUGGUCCAUCCUCCAGUAGUGGGGGGCCACCACCUCAUCACCUCUCUCACUCAGGCCCACAGACCUUGAAUUUGGUGUCAAACAGGCCAAACAGCAAUCCGCCGCCUUCCCAUUCGGGGAGCAUAACACCAACGAAUUUACCGUCGCCGGGCGGCGGGAAUGUGGGCGAUCACAGGUCUCACUCGGGCGGUGGUAAUGGAGGCAACAGUUCGGACUACGAAAAUGGACCACUUAUGAAACGCUCGAGAAUUACCGAGGGAUGGGCGACCUAAUAUCGAUUCGAGUGUCGUGAUCGGCCGUCGCAAUUUAUCGCUUCGCACAAUGGCGUAUAGUGCUUGUGAGUUUUCGAGUAAUCGAUGAAAAAAAAAAGAACUCGUUUUUGUCGUUA